UGAUUUGUAAGCUAAAUUUAUUAUAUUCCUCUCCAUGGCACACAUUGCGUUGUAUUAAAAUUAUUGUGAUCCAUUCAAGUCUUACUUGUAAUUUCUAGGAUCAUAAAUUGGCUGUCUUGCUCUUGCAGUGGACUAUUAAUUAAUUCCUACGCCCAUAUUUGUUUCCUUGCAGAAAAUUUCAAUCCAUGGCUAAAGUUUACCCUAAAACACCCAUUGUUUCUCCUUUCAUGACUGCAGAAAGAGAGUCAUUCACGAUAUGGAUGAAGUCUCUUUUAUGCCAUUCAAAGGGUUGCACAGUUUUUGAUUCCAAUGGCCAGAUUGUCUAUCGCGUUGAUAACUAUGACAGGAAGUCCAGAGACGAAGUUUAUCUCAUGGAUCUUCGUGGCAAAGUUCUCUUCACUAUAAAAAGAAAGAAAUUUCUGGUUUUUGAACGGUGGGAAGGCUAUAAAUGGAGCAGCAGCUGUAGCAUAAAGAAGGAAAAGCCAUGGUUUAGAGUGAAAAAGCACUGCAAAUACUUUUUUAUGGGAGAUUUAGCUUGUGAAGUUAGAGCUGGACAUGAUAAACAUUGGAUUGUGAGAUCGUCAGGCCGGAAAGCAGAAUUUAAGAUAGUGAAUAACGACGGAAAGAUGAUUGCAGAGGCAAAUCGAAAGCAGUCGUCUUCUGGAAUCUUGCUAGGAGAAGACGUAUUGACUUUGAGCGUGGAACCCUAUGUCGAUCGUUCCUUUAUCAUAGCUCUCGUCAUCGUCUAUGGAUUGAUCAAUCGAAAAAUGUAAAUGAUAAAUCUUCUCAUCAAGCACAAUUUUGCAGAGCA